AUGGAAACUGCACAGCAAGCAGAGUCAUCCCUAAAUCAUGCUGGAAGCUCAGAUGCAUCUGAAUCAAACAGCUCAAAUUAUGUAGCACAUGUCAAGAAGCUGCUAUAUCGCCCAAUGCUGGUUGGAAUCAAGGAUGGACGGUUCUUUAUAGGCUCAUUCUAUUGCAUGGAUAAGCAAGGGAACAUAAUUCUUCAAGAUGCAGUAGAAUAUCGGAGCACUAGGCGUUCUUCUCCCUCCCCAAUGGAGCACAGAGGUGUUGGUCUCAUUUUGAUUCCUUUUUCUUGUCGAACUUCUUGUCAUGUGGAUUGCGCAAUUGAAGAACAGUUGUCUCUAUUGUCACUUCAGGAGAAGAAAUCGUAA